AUGCGUCUUAUAAUCACGAAAAAACGCUUCUAUAUCUUAAUAUAUCUCUUCUUUUUUCUCACCUGCUUGAUUUCUCAUUCGUUUUCUUAUACUCUCUUCUUUCUCACUUUUAUUUAUCUUACGUUUACCCUCUCUUUCAUCUUUUCCCUUGAAACUUUUUAUAGUGAACCCAUUUCUUUCCCUCUCUUUUUCAUUAAUUUAUUUCUCUCUUUUCCUCAUUCAGUGCCCUCUCUUCUCUUUCCUUUUCAAUAUUCAACAUAUAGCCCUCUCUUUCUAAUUACUCUUUUCUCUUUUUCUUUAUUCUACUCGUAUUUCUUUCUUUUUCUUUUAUUCUUUUUUCCUUCACUUCCUUUGUAUCUUUUUCGAUCUUUCUUCUCUUCUUCUUUUUCUCUCUUUCAUUUAUUCUUUUUUCUACUCUUUCUCUAUUUAUACCUUUUCUCUUUUCUUUUUAUAAUGCACCAAUUCACUUGUUUCAUUCUUAAUCUUUGUCUUUUUUUAUCCUCACUUCUUCCUCUCCCUCACCCUCUCUCUCUCUCUCUCUCUCUGUCUCUCUCUCUCUCUGUCUUUCCGAUUUACCCUUUCUUCUUCUCCUUUUUCUGGCUUCUUUCCGUCAUCCUCUUUCAUAGUUUCGUCAUCAUUGAUAUUUUUAACCUUUUUUUACUCUUUUCCAUUAUUUUUCUCAACUGUUCUUCUUCUUUCAUUUUUCUUUUCUUCUUUUCUUAUUUCUUUUUUCUUUUCGUCUUAUCACCUACUCUGUUCUCUCUACUUCAUUUGUCCUUUUUUUUUCUCUCUUUAUUCUCUUCUUUUUUUUCUCGAAAUCUGGAACUUUUCUUGCUUUUAUUUCAUUCUUUUCAAAAUAUUUUUUUUCUGUCUCACUUUAUAUAUUUCUCUCUUUUGUUUCUUCCUUUAAAACAUGACAUGUCUUUUCACAAGUUCAACUCGUUUUCUCUUUUACAGUCUUUCUCAAUUUCUAUCCCUCUUUUCUUUCUUUUUCAUUUUUUACAUGUUUCUCCUUCCGAUCUCACUCAUUCUCUCUCUUUCCCAUUCUCUCUCUCUCUCUCUCUCUCUCUCUCUCUCUAA